GGUAAUUGAGUAAAUUAAGAGCUGAAACUACAAUUCAAUCCGCCAUUUUCCAAUCCACAGAUUUGAAACCACCACCAAAAUAACCCCAAUUGUUCGAUAUCUACACAAUUGCAGGUUAACCGAGAGGCAUAAUUUCUCAAACUUGGUGCCUGAUUUUUUUUAGGGCAUGAAUUUUCGGAGCAGGAUUUUCAUUCAAAAUAAACCUAGUUUUUAAAUUAGAUUAGUAAUUUUGCACCACCUACUUCAAAUGAAGGUGGCGGUGAUCGGAGCUGGUGUAUCAGGCCUGGCCACCGCCUACGCCCUCAAAUCGGAAAACCAUCGAGUCAUAGUUUACGAGAAAUCGGAACAAAUCGGCGGUACAUGGGUUUUCGACCCGGAAGUCGAGUCCGACCCGUUAGGAAUUGACCCGAGUAGAGAAGUUGUCCAUGGCAGCCUAUACCAAUCACUUCGCACGAAUAUCCCUAGGCAACUUAUGGGGUUUUUCGACUGCCCAUUCUUCGCUCGCAGGUACGGCGAAUCGAGUAUUUUUCCUAGUCACGAGGAGGUGCUCGAGUUUUUGAAUGAGUUUGCUAGUGAAUUUCGAUUGGUUGAGUUGAUUCAGUUCGAAACCGAAGUUGUUCGAGUUGAAAGAGUCGAUUUGAGGAAUGAUCAAUGGGUUGUCGAGUCGAAGAUGAAUGAGUUGAGCUCGAACGAGAUAUUUGAUGCGGUGGUGGUUUGUAGUGGGCACCACACUCAACCUAGAGUUGCAGAUUUUCCAGGCAUGGAAAAAUGGCCUGGAAAACAGAUGCACAGCCACAACUAUCGAGUUCCCGAGCCAUUUCAGGAUCAGGUGAUUAGAUUUUCCUUUCGUUAUUUUUCUUCAUUUUCUAUUGUGGUGGUAAUUGGAGAUGGACCAAGUGCAAAAGAUAUUUCUCUCGAAAUCUCGAAAGUAGCCAAGGAAGUUCGUCUUUCUUCAAGAUCACCUAACGUCAAAGUUUCCAGGUUGGAUUUUGCAAAUAAUAUGUGGCAGCACUCCAAGAUUGAUUACGUUGAUGAAAAGGGAGAGGUUAAGUUCGAAGAUGGUGCCUCUGUCCAUGCAGAUAUAAUCCUCCACUGUACAGGGUACAAGUACGAUUUCCCGUUCUUGAAAACGGGUGGAAUUGUGACCGUUGAUGAUAACCGUGUGGGACCCCUCUACAAACACAUCUUUCCUCCAAAGAUCGCUCCCACCCUUUCCUUUGUCGGGCUUCCUUAUAAUUCGGGUGUUGUUUUUCUGAUGAUCGAUUUACAAGCGAAGUGGAUAGCGCAUGUUUUAUCAGGGAAAAGGAAUCUCCCAUCCGAGGGGAAUAUGCUUUCCGAGGUUGAAGAAUAUUACCGGAAAAUGGAUGAGAAACGAAUACCCAAACACCACACUCACAGCCUCGUCCACAAAAAUAUUCCAACAUCCCAGUUAGAUUACUUGGACUGGUUAGCUAGUGAAGUGGGAUUAGCGGGAGUAGAUGAACAAACACGAUUUAUACAAAAGUGUUACCUAAAAUACGUAAUCGACAACGGUGGAUGGAGGAAUCGAGAGUGGGAAUUUAACAAUGGAAUUCAAUAAGAGGAAUUUUGAUUGUGGAUGAUUGUACUCUAUUAUAUAUAUUUCUAACUUAAAAACUCUCAUGAAUUUUUCUAUUAUAUUAUAGGAAAAUUUGAACAUAACGACGUUUUAAAGAUCAGAAAGAUCACACACAGAACCAGGUAGUCAACUCGGUCACAAUCCGACGAGUCAACUCAGUUUGGGUUAUUUUUUUAAUUUGUAUUUAGUCAUUUAUAAAUUAUAAAUAAUUAGAGUGAUUUAUCUAGUAAAAAUUCAUUCAUAAGAAGUUACCCAUCAU